GGUAAACCCAUAUCUAGACAUUCCAUUUAAAAAGAUUGUAAAAGACCAAGUAUAAAUUGGCCUAUCAUCAUCAACACACAAGCACUAUCAACUAAUUCUUUUUGAUUUCUUUUUUACUUAAUAAAAAGGAAUCUAAGAUGAUGAGAAAUGCUUUUUUGAUUAUGGUUCUUGUUUUUGCGAUGACUUUGUCGUAUCCUAAUGCUCAACCAACAGAUCCUCAGGCGUGUAUGGACGCAUUUAAGGGCACUUCAAAAGAUUGCCGCGAUCGUCUAAGCGGACUUCUUCAUUUUCAUUUCCGAUUCGGUGGGCUCAAGAAAACUUGUUGUGGAUCUGUUGCUAAUGUUACAGAUGUCUGUUGGCCAGUCAUCUUCCCGAGCAUGCCUUACAUUCGUUUUAUAGUAAAGUAUGUUUGCACAUAG